UGAAAAUUUAAAAUAAUUCGUUGUCUUUUCAAUGAAGGAUAAGGCAAAAAAUAAUGUCUUCCUCAUCAAGUGAUGAAGUUGAUGAAGCUUUAGAAGAAAUGGUCGACCAAGUUGUUGAUAAUCACAUCCACUCAGUGAUUCAUGGUCACCCCAACAAGUCCAAAAGAUGGGCUUAUAUCGAAAGAGCUCGGGAACAAGGACACAAUCAGCUGUGGAACGAUUAUUUCAAUGAUAAUCCUACAUACCCACCGGAAAUGUUUAGGAGGCGUUUUCGAAUGAACAAAUCAUUGUUCCUUCGCAUUGUGGAACGUAUAAGUAAUGAAGUUCCAUACUUUCAGCAAAGACGAAGUGCUUGCGGAAGGAACGAGCUAUCUCCACUUCAAAAGUGUACGGCAGCUAUACGUAUGCUGGCAUAUGGUCAAUCGGGAGAUACAUAUGACGAAUAUCUCCGACUUGGUGACAGUACAGCACGUUUAUGUUUGGCAAAUUUCACUGAUGCAAUAAUACUAUUGUUUGGAGAUGAAUAUCUACGAAGCCCUACAGCCGAGGAUCUUCAACGAUUACUCGAUGUUGGAGAGGUACGGGGGUUUUCGGGAAUGAUAGGCAGCAUCGACUGUAUGCAUUGGGAGUGGAAGAACUGCCCAACGGCUUGGAAAGGUCAGUUCACACGGGGUUCAGGAAAGCCGACAAUUGUCUUAGAAGCCGUGGCAUCACAAGAUCUUUGGAUAUGGCACGCAUUUUUUGGCUUACCAGGUACACUCAACGAUAUCAAUGUUCUUGAUCGGUCACCUGUUUUUGAUGACAUCUUACAUGGUCGAGCGCCUAAAGUUAAGUUCAAGGUCAACAACCACACUUAUCGUAUGGCCUACUAUCUUACUGACGGAAUUUAUCCAAACUGGUCAACAUUUAUCCAAUCCAUCCCACUUCCUCAAGGUCCUAAAGCCGAGAAAUUUGCACAGAAGCAAGAAUCCGUCAGAAAAGAUGUCGAACGGGCUUUUGGAGUAUUACAGUCGAGGUUUGCAAUUGUUAAAAAUCCAGCUCUACAAUGGGAUAAGGAAAAGAUAGGUAAGAUAAUGAGAACUUGUGUCAUAUUGCACAAUAUGAUAGUAGAGAACGAACGACACGGAUACGCUCAAAUAAAUACUUGUGAGUUCGAAUCAGAAGAGUCAAGCAGAACUUCAAAGGUGACAAGCAGAGAAAGUAUUCAAGCUGGUGAUAUGUUAGGCAUGCGCAGAGAAGUUCGAGAUCAAGAGAAGCAUGCUCGUUUGAAAGCUGAUUUAAUGGAAAAUAUUUGGCAAAAGUUUGGUGAUGAAGAUGAAUAAGCUUUCUACAUUUUUAAAUUUCUCAAUUUAUGUAAUCUACUCUUUUAUUGUAAUGCAUAAAUAGUUUUCACAA